UGUAUCAAGGGGUUUACUUCAUUCUUCUAUAUAUAUACACAAUUUUCCAAGCAGGACGCAGGCGCGCCGGCGAAUACGUGAAAAUACUUUUGUUCUUCCUUCCGCGUUUCUCGCUGCUGCGAACGUUUCAGGGGUCUCAUUGGGUCUCGUGUUGAAGAUCGGCAGUCGUCGCUGAAUCAGAUCGCGUUUAUUCGUCGGUGGUAAACGUCGGCGAACAUCCGCGACCCGCGUCCGCCCGAUCCGCCUCGCUGAAGCGACCACGUAAGCUCUGUUUGGCGUGGUGUGAUGUGUGCGCCUGUGUGGUGAGCGACGCGCGCGUAGCAUAGCGUGAUGUGUCUCAUAUGUUCGCCAUCUUAAGUUUAAGUUUGCCGUGUGUUGUUAGGUCGGGACUCGGUCACAACUCGGGCGCACAUAUAUUACCGCGGCGGUGGAGGGGACCGUGCUGUCAAUCGUCGGCGGAACCCUGUUCCGUCGUCGCCCUAUCGCGGCUGCGUUCGCGCGGUCUCUUACCUUGCGCGCGACGACUUCGCGGUGAUUGACUGGAAAACGUCGCGGGGACUAGUGAGACUCGUACAUACCGUACGGUCAUCCCGGAGGUUAAUACUGGUCAAUCCCGCGCGGUUUAUCGGCACGAACGACCACCUCUCGACGGGGUGCGGGCGUCGCGUCCUCGAGCUACGGGCGAGCGGGGCGAGUGUUCCAGCGUAUCCCCGGUCGCGGUGAGGUUGACCUCCGCGCCGUUCUCGGUUAGGUCAGUCGACGAUUGCGAGACGCCACGUAGAAACUUUUUAACCUGGGCCGAAAAGAGCGAAAAGAAGAAGAAGAAGAAGAAGAAGAAGAAGAAGAAGAAGAAGAAGAAGGGUGUCGGUUCGAAGGGACGACAUCGAGAAGAGUUCACGUUCCCAAAAAUGGUCGCGUUUGCGCGUGAUCCGACGAACGUGACAAUUGUCGCGCGAAAUCGCGUCGCGUUGUAGAGCCUCCACCUGUCACGGUCGAGGUCGCCGAUUCUAAAUUCUGAAAUUCUCCGCCUGUGGAACGCGCGAGAGAGAUCUCUCAAGUAAGAAGCGCAGAACAAUCCCGGAGUGAAGAGAGAUAAACACAAGUGACUCCCUAGCUAUAGCUAUGCCAUCGUGUGAAAAGUGAGCCCGGAGGUGCCCGGAAACUUCCUGGACGAUGCUCCGCGUGCGAGCUUUGAGCCCCGUGCAAGUUCACUGAUAGCGGAGCCGUCGCGAGGAGAAAGAUAUAUCGAUGCGCACGGCAACUGAUUUCAGGCUCUACGGUUCUACAUGGCCUUUGAUGCUGUGGAUGUGUUUUAAAUGGGGAACAAAAUCGAUGAUUUGAGAUAUGAACGAAGUAUGAAGCUCUCGACUAUGCAAGAGAACGGUAGAAAUGAGGUAAGGAAGUCUGGAAACCGAGUUUCUAACGAUGCAAUCAUGAUGGACGAUGCUACCAAUGAUAAGUAUGAAGAAGAUAAUAGGACAGAUAACUUAGAGAGGGAGGAGGGCUCUAUGGUGUCCAAUCUGCCUCUUUUGUUUGCUAAUGGUUAUCCUACGUCUCUGGAGAAAAUUACUAUGGCUCAACUAGAACGUUUUAUAUUGUUUAUGGUUCAUUGUUCAUUGGGUCAUGAUACCACUAAGAUCAUUAAUAAGCCAGAAUGGUGGCCUCAAGAUAUUAAGUUUUCAAGUCCACUAACAAGACCCAAGAAGAUCAACGAUAACUGGAUGGCGAACUUGAAGAAAUUGGUUUUCCGCUGUUACACGUAUCACAGAAGUGAAUAUCUGUUACGGUUUUGUUCCUACCUAGCGCAGUAUCCACACGAUGAAUUAGAGUAUGUUAAUAAUUGGGACUCGACGACUAGUCUGUAUCACAAAAGUACAGGGAAGCUACUAGUAACAUUUCGUAAUGAAAACAUGCAUUAUGACAGAAAAAAUGACAGCCCUCGAAGAACGUUGUUGUCUCACAACGCGUCUUCAUCGGGCAGUGGAAACAAAGCGAAGCAACACGCCCCCAUGAUGGUUCAACCACCAUGCGAUGAUAUUUACCUCUGUGACAAUUGCGAUGCUGAAUUUAUGGGCCUUGCAAAUAUGAAGGAGCAUGAAAAGAUAUGCUGUGAACAAGAUCAUAGUGGCUCGCGCUCAUCCACACCAGACUUGUCUAUGGUCGAGCCCGAGCUACAACAGGAUCAAUUUCUGGAGUAUUUCCAGUUAAAAUCGAGCAAGACUGAAACUAAAUCGGCCGAUGUGAAAAAUGCAAAUACUACCGAUGGAAGUAUCGUUAGACGAACGUCUGGACGCGUUAGGAGUUCUCUUAACUUCACAAGAUUCGCCACCAUCCCGUUCUCGUCGCCUGCCGGCAUAAUGCUAACGAAGAAGUCAAAGGCUAUGACUGAGGAAACGCAGCAGGAACGAUUAGAUAGAAUAGAGAGGCAUGUCAUUGCGCCGGCUUUGAGUGAUUCGUGUAGACCAAAAUGGCUGGACACGGAAGUAGACAAUGAUAGAUGGAUAGUGACAUACAAACAGAAUCGAGACAAACUGACUGACGAUUAUGUGCAUCAAUAUAAAUUUGCGAAUUCCUCGAAAAGCAAACCAAUGCUGAGCAUACGGUCGCAGUUACUCUACGCCGCAUGCCGACCUAUUUACGUUGUUCUCACCCGACUGAGCGAGAAGCAAAUUGAUGAAUUGAAAAAGGAUCCCUCGAAAUAUCAACCUCCUCAGAGAAGCAUCUAUGUGCGGAAAGUUUUAUUAAUGAGAAAAGUAGGACCGGCUUGUAAAACGAAAUCAAAAAAUGCUACCCACGCACGAAACGCAUCUAUAUCUUCGAAACGGAAGGCACCGCUGGAAGAUGACACAGAAUCGUUUAUUGAAGAAGACGUCAAUAUUAGUGCAUCAGCUAAAGAAACUUUAAUCACGCUCGCUGCUGUAAAAUCACUUACGGACAAUGCAGAGGCUGCCAAACCAGUCAAAAAGUGCCCGUCACGUACGGUAAUGUUAAUCGAUCUCUGCUCGUCUGACGAAGAAGAGAACGAUUUGAGUGUUCGAACGCCAUGCGACGAAAACAGAGAUCCCAUGAACACCGCGGAGUCUUCAAUCACAAAGUCCUUCUUGCGAAAACUGUCCCGAAACAAACUCUACGCGAAACCCUGCAUUUACCCCGCACGCUCAUCGACAGACUGGUUGAAUAGCAUAUUGAACGAAGGUGAAAACAGAAAUAAAUAUUGAUUGUUGAACAAUAUUUGAAAAAAAAAAGAUGCAUAUGCCUCUCUUUGAUUUUGGCAUCGUAAAUACGCGAAAUCAAUGUACAGUAAGCUCUAACUUAUAUAAGUGACGACUUACAACUUGUACAUGUGUUAUGUUUCUUAUAUUUAUUCUAAUUAUUAAUACAGAAUAGUUAAAUUUAUAUUAGGUUAUCACAAGACUGUUAUGAUUUCGCAACUUUGAAAAAUUAAAAAUUCAGCUAUAUCACGAAUAGAACGGAUUUUAGUCAAAUCACGUUCAAUUAAUAUGGGGUAUUUCCUGUUACGUUCAAAGGAAGUUGGGAAGAGA